UUAGUCAUCAACACCAUAAUCCUUCUCUCUCACCGAUCACCUGAUAAUUAAGGGCCAGCUCAAGCUAGGCCACCGUCACCGCCACCACCAUGGGUUCGCGUUCCGGCUCGUCGACGACGACGAGUACGCCGCCAGUGGCGCCGGAUGAGAGCCGGCCGCCCGUGGUCAAAGGACCGGCGAUCUUCAGCUACACCUGCGCCGGCCUCGUCACGGGCGUCGCGCUCGUCGCCGUCGUCGUCUUCUACUGCAACCGCCACGUCCGGAGGCGCGCGCAUGUCGUCGUCGCCGGCGCCGGCGGGCGAGAGGACGACGACGUGCGCGGCGUCGCUGGCGUGGCGGCCAAGAUCCCGGAGUUCGCGUACACCGGGUCGGCGAGCGGCGGCGAGGGGGCGGCGCAGUGCUCGGUGUGCCUCGGCGCGGUGCGGGGCGGCGAGAUGGUGCGGCGGCUGCCGGCGUGCAAGCACCUGUACCACGUGGCCGCUCUGCCGGACGGAGGUCGAGCCGCCGCCGGGGGACGGCGGAGGCCGACCUGCGCCGGCGGCAGAUGAGUCGUCGCCGACGGAGGCGCUGCCACCGGUGUAGCACUGUAGCUAGCUAGCUAGCUAGGUCCGUCCAUAGUCAUCACAUCACAUCACAUCAUGAUUAGUUAAUUGAUACGUUUUGGGAAUAUCAUUUCUUGAUUUGAACCUUAUCUAGUUUGGCAUGUAUGUACUUUGGUUCAGCUUUGUAAUUAAAGAUCAGAAGGAUUGCUGUAAAAUAUAUACGUUCUUGGUUUUGAAAUCACAGAAUUUCAGGGCAACAUGUUUCUGUUUUUA